AUGUCUGCUGCAGUAAUUGCGGCGUCACCUGCUUCGGCGGGUUGCGCCAGAGUUAGUUUACAUACCGCUGGCUCCAUGGCCGCGAUUCGCUUACCGCAGGGGGCUCUCAUGCCGCCCAGGCUGGGACCUUCUAGCGCGUUUUUAACUUCAUCGCGCUUCCCAUCAUGCAACCGAAAGUCGUCAUCUUUCAAGCCUCACUCCAUUCUCCAGGCGAUAGCGCCCCACGCGCAGUCGCAGGCGAGCGUCGCAACGGUCGUCGACCAAUCACGGAACAGCAGCGACGACGGGAAUGUCAACGACGGGAGUUUCGGCGAGUCGGAGUUGGAGGCGCGGCGGAAUCAGUGGGAGGCGGAGCGGCUGCGGCUGAUCAAAGACGCGACGGCCGCGGCGGUGUCGUCGUACGAGGAGCGCAUCGCGCGGAUCGAGGUGGAUCAGACGGCUGAGAUUGCGACGAUGCGACGCGUGGCGGAGAUCGAAGGGCAGGUCAUGCGACGACAAUCGCAGGAAAUGUCGGGAUUGAGGGAGGAAAUCGAGGCGCUGACAAACGAGUUGGUUCUGACGAAAGAGGUCACCGAGCACGUGAUGAAGCAGCGCAGCCGCCGCGAGGAGGAGCUUGCGGAGAUUAAAGCGCAGAUCGCGGCGCAGGUUAAGAAGCUGGAGCGGAGGCGGGUAGAGGUGGAGGAGGAAAGGGCGAAGCUGAAGGCGGAGGUUGCGCGGGUGGAGGCGGAGGAGGAGGAGGCGGAGGAGGAGAGGCGCGCGGAGGAGUGGGCGCGGCUGCAGGGGGAUGUGAGUAGAGCGGAGGAGCUACAAAGGAGGGAGCAGGAGGAAGGGGAAGUGCGGGAGGGGCGAGGGUACCAGGCAGGGGAAGCAGCUGGGUCAGAGACGGCUGUUUGGCUUUCUGCUGCUUUGGAGGGGAUGAAGACUGAGAGGGAGCAGCACCAGCCAGAAGUUGCAACAGCCAUGGCAACCGCAGCAGAGCUCUCAGGCCGUGUCGCUUCCUUCGAGUCUUCCUUACUGGAAACCCGCCGAGCCAUCGAAACCACCAGAGCCUCUCUCUUUCAGGCCAAACUCCGGGCAGAAGAAAAAUCUGCAGUUGUGCGGGAGCUUCGCUCGCAGCUGGAGAAGGUGGAGCAGGAACGGGAAUCGGUCGACGUGGAAAGUUUUCGGGAGCUGACCGCACAGUUGGCUGAUGCGAGGAGGAUUUUGGAAGAAGAGGAUCGGCAGCAGAAGGAAAUGGCGGCGCUGCUCGGGAGAAUGACGAAGGAAAUUCCAGGCUUGGAAAUGCAGCUGGCUGAGGUUCGGGAAGCCCUGGCAGAGGAGAGGAAGGCUCGGGAGCAAGAGGUUGGGAACCUGCGAGAGUCAGUGGCGGUGGCACGGGCCGAUGCCGCAGAGGCUCGGGUUAGAUUGGUUCGUGCCGAGGCUCCUCUGGUUGCAGCUUUGGAGGAGGUGCGGAGACGGCACAAGGAGGAGGUUCGGGAGCUGGAGGCAAGAUUGGAGAAGCUAGUGGUUCGGGAGAUCGGGGCGAGGCGGCUACAGGGUCUUCAAGAACAGGUUGAUGACUACAUGGCUCAGAUUAAGAAGGUAGAUCAAGCUAUAGAGCGUGUUGUUUCAAGGUAA